GGGAUGCGAUCGACAGGUUCAGUUUAAGAAAAAUGAAGGAAUCUGAUUUGUCACCAUGUGCAGAGAUUCGAGAGGGCUGGUUUGUUUAUUGCAGGUAGAAAGCCAAAGUUCAUUGGCUGGCAUGGAAGGGUGCAUCUCUAAAACCGUAAAGGGAAGGAUUAAGCAAAGAAGUUAACGAGCAGACGCACUAAAACACAGUAAUUUACCGGAAGCACCAGUGAGAGCGUGUUUAAUUUGUUUUGAACUGUCCGUGAGCGCUGUCCAAACGUAGUUGGUUGUGUUCAAGUGAAUGAAUAAUUAAACCGGGAGGCUCUUUCAACGUCAUUUAAAGCGCAAAAGAAAACGGCUGGUUGAAGUUCUCUUGACUCGGAUCUAAAUGAAAGUACGCUCGUGGUCAGGAUAAAUCUGGUAGCAGUGAGGGCACAGCAUUGUCCGGUGGAGAGGCCAGAGAUUUCGCUGCAAAUCAGCGCGCUGGCAAACGCCUUUAAGGCGUCGGUUAAGUGUCUCCCAGUCUGGACUGUGCAGCGAAUUCGUGUCUGCUCGAGGACACAAACUUUCCGCUUAUCUUGAUCCAGGCUGAUUGGAAAAUCUGGGAGAACCCUUCGCUGGAUUGUAGGUGAACGAGCUGAUUGUUUCAGGGGAACGUUGCUUUUCUAUUCACUUGAGCAAAUUCCGGAAAGUGUUGUACCCAAGUCACUAUUGGCUUUUUCUGGUUCUUAUUCACUGUACACUCUUGCCUGAACUGAUCCAACUAAGAAGGCCCUAGUGCGAUGCCCACAGGUGAUACGUGGAUUGGACAAUUUCCCAUGGAUUCCAUGCCCAGUGUCAGUUUUGUUGGAAGCUGCAACAAUGUAAUGAGCACUAACUCUGCUUUUAGCGAUGAGUACUUGGACUAUCUUUCAGCAGAAGAGAGGGAAUGUCUCAUGUUUCUUGAAGAAACAAUUGACGCAUUAGAUAUUGAAGACAAUGGGGUAUCUACUGAAGAAUUGGAGCAAACUGAACAUUCCAGUAGAACUGCAAAUACAUUAGAAAGACCUACGCUGUCACAUCCUGAAUUAGGAGAUCGUCAAAUUACAGAACCCGAUGGAAAAAUCCCAAGAGAAGUUUCAGCAAACAAGAGCAACAGCACUGAAUUCAUCUCCCCAAAGGUGGUGCAGGAAAAUUCUGGAGCACAUAAAUUCCCCCGGGCAGUUUCACCACACAGCAAUAAAAAUUGUACUGAUUCCACAUCCUCACAGAUGGUGCGAGCUAAAACUGGAGCAAAUACCCUGCCUAAAUAUACCCAAAAACCUAGUGCUGAAAGCAAAAGCAUGGUAUCCAAUCAGAUAUCUGAAUCCAGCAGAAACCCCAUUCUUUCUGAAGAUACAAGACGAAGAUCCAAUAGUGCAAUAGUUCAGCAUGAAUUGGUGGAAACUAAAGAGGAAAAGACCAAGUUAGGACCUCCCACAGCCCCAAAACCCCGGAAACUGCCAUCCAAUAUCAUAUUGAAAAGCUUCCAGAAGAAUGAUAAUCCAAUGGUACCUAAUACAAACUCUCAGAGUAGCUUUAAGGUUCCAAAAGGUGCCUCACGAAACAAUGGAUAUAAUUUGUCUCGGGACAACAGCACUGAUGAAGAAGUAAAACAAGCAAGAAUGCAAGCCUUAAGCAAGUUAGGAUUGCUGUCAGAGCCAGAUGGCCAGAAAAACAGUUCAGCAAGUCCUCCAAGUCUGAAAACAGAGGGGACAUCUAUCAGUCAGACAGUCACAGCAAGUAAUGAAACUAAAAGGAGCCAACCAAAGAUGCCAGCGAGAAACACAAACAGCCUGAAGCGUCCAACUGGAAUUGGGCCUCCUUUAAUCCAUUCAGCGGUUGCUGCUGUUGAUCCUGGCAUGAAUGGCAAUGCAAAUAAAAUGUCAAGUGUGACUGUGGGGAAUGCAAAUAAAGUGCAAUGGCAGUUGAGUUCCAUGAAUUCGAGUAAUUUAAAAAGGUUUACAGCCAGCGGAAAUGCUCCUCCAACCAUGAGCUUAGGUCCUACCCGAAACAGCAUGCCAACUACCACAGCCCUUAACCCUGGCAUGAGCAACACGCUCCCUAUUGCAAGAAGACCAGCAAAUGCAAGUGAGGGAGAAGUAAAAAAUAUAAAUGCAGCGCAGUGGCAGUUUGGCGCCACAAAGGCGAGUAGCUUAAAGCGGUUUGGAACAGCUAGUGACAACAACCAGCCCAGCUUGUAUUCUGGUGUUGCUCAAACGACUUCGAUGGGUGCUGCGUCCACAUUUGCUGAGAACACAAGCAGUAGGCCCAGACCUGUGUCAAUUUGCUCUGAGAAGGAUUUGUCAGUCAAGCAUGGAUCUACAUUAGAAGUUGUAUCAUCCACUAAACCAGGGAGGAAGUCUUUUCCAAUAACAAUAAACCAUAUUUCGGCCAAAUUUCAGAGGUCUCCGCCAAAGGCACUUAACGUGCAAGUUGCUCCGCUGGGACCAACCAGUAAAGACCAUAGAGAAGCACUGAGAAAACUUGGCCUUCUGAAAGAAUAGAAAGGAGUUUAAAAGGCUGCACAGGAUCCCAUCGACUAGAGAGAGUUCGGUCAACAUGCUGGGGGGAAAAAAAACUUAUCUAAAAUGGGCAAUAACUUGCUGCCACAUGAAGCCAUAGAGUCGUUGCAAUCUCCAGCAUGGGAAUGAAGCUGUAGAAUUAACGUGGUUAAAGACAUAAAUUUAAAACAUGCUGUUUUAUUUUGUGUAUUUAGUUAAAUUAAUAUAACUACUGCAGUUUUUCCAUCUUUUGAAAUACAAGGCAUUUCCUGCCUGUUCACCUUGAUUCAUUUUGAGGAAUAUGACUGCCAAAGGCUUGGCAAAUGCGAGAUGACUUUGUUUUUCAAUGUGUGCGCCCAGGGCUGGACUCUUGUCCAAUGGUUGAAACCAAUAACUGAGACUUAAUUAGAGAUUCUGUUAACUCUCUUAUUAGAAGCAGACCUAUUAUUGUUGUCCAAGUACAACGAAAGACUUCCUUCAAGAAUCUGACUUGCAGUAGAAAUGACUGUGUUAAAAGGAGGACAUUUUGAAAUAAUGAUUUGUAUAGUAUGGCUGUUCAGAGAAUUUUUGGUUUUUAUUGAAAACAUUGUUUUAAUUAUGGCACUGUAAAAGUGUAAUCAUAAGUGCAUUCUGCAUUAUUAUAUGAGUGGAAUGUUCUAUACAGAUACUUUAGGUAUCUCAUCAGAAAAAAACAUUCUAGCUCUGCCCAUUUAUUUCCUGCAUCACUUCACAAUUUUGUAAUUAAUUCCAUAACAUAGCAUUAAAUCUAUUUAAAAAUUGACGAGUUGUAGUUAGUUAUUGUCAUGUGUGAAUGCUAAAUCUAACAUGUAUUAAGACAUUAUUUCAAUAUUUGUAAACAAACUAGUAACUCAUUUACCUGCCAGAACUUUAGAAUUAAAACAUUAAUUUCCAAAACAGUACAAUAGAUCUUCUUGGCAUAGGUUCCAAGUAUAUUGUUUUUAAAUAUUCACUGCUGAUUUUAUGUCAUGUAUUUAAAUUUGGUAAUAAAAUGCUACAGAAUAUUGUUAUGCACUGCCGAAAUUUGCAACAUGUUAAGACAAGGAACACACUGCUUCUGUUUUUUUUCAUAACUCUACUGACUUAUGCAAGCCUUUCUACAGGCCAGCUGCUAAGUGGACAGUAGGCCCUUCCUUUUUUCUUUCAGUGUCUAGUUUCUGUUCUCCUUAGGUCAUUUCCUGUGAACUACUUGACAGGAUGAUAUUUGCCAUAACUGUAAUCUCUUGUCAGCCACCAAGCAAAGAUUGCAUUUGUCUCUUAGAGUUUUUAACUAAAACAAACUGCAAAUUGCCUAAUUCUGAGGGAUAUCAGCUCAUCUGCUGCAAUGCACCGUUGACUACAAACACAUAUAUAUUUAUAGUAAUGCAAUUAAGUUUGUCAUUGGGAAGCUUCUAGCCAUUUGUAUUGGAUAUAUAGAAUAAAGAAAUGAACCAGUUGUGAAUGUACAACUCAUAUUUGAAAUGGAGAUGCCAGAGAAAUGCUUUUAAUUAAAAUUUCAAGAAUUUGUGGGAGGAAUAGAUUUCUUCUAAAAUUAUGAUAGCUUUUCAAUUUGUACUAUAGAAAGUUAGCGCAGUGCUGCAUGCCAACAGUAAAUGUUCACAUUUAGCUAACCAGCUACAAUGCUCAGAGUCCUUCAGUUGUGUUUAUUUUAAGGUAAGAAUAAGACUGUUACAAUUAGCUCUAUGCUCGAAUUAGUGAGGAGAAACUAAGCCAAGACUAGUGGUUACUAUCUAGCAUAUCCCUGAAAGUAUGUAUACAUGCUACAAAUCAAUGGCUGAGCAUCUCGGUCAAUAUUGUACUCUGACUGUCAAAUAGCCUCUAGUGCAGGUGCUGAUGAAGAAUGAACAAAGAUAAUUUAGCUGGGAUUUUGCAGGACAGCAAGAUUGCUAAUUCUGAUUUCACCUGAUGACACUUCUCCAGGCUGUCACCAUUGAUAGCUCAACACUACCAUCUUUAGGAUGCUCAGCCUUCAUUUUUUGUGGAGCAGGCUCUUUAUUCUCUGCUUGUCUCAAACUGCCAAUUUAUUUUUUUCCCCUAUAAAUCAUUACACAAGUGAAUAGAUAAGAUAAAAAUGCACCUUUUAAUUCCUUUCUGAUUUUUUUUUAGUACUGGGUUGCUUGCGUAGGUGCCUGAGAGACUAAUCUUCCAUUCCUAGAGAUUCUAAGAAUGGAACUUGAACAUGAGUGAGGAAAUAAAAUUGUCAAAAAAAUGCAUUUGAAUUAGUUUAAAAUCUGUGCUUCACUACUGCCAUACGCACACGCACACGCAUAUGCAAUCAGUAUAGUAACCAGGAAUCGUGAUGAGAAGAAUCAGGGCAGUCAAUUUUGUACUUCAUUAGCUACAUCUAAUUUGUCUAAACUCAAAGUAUCUAAUGAGCAAUACUUUUAAGGGCUGGAAGGAGGAGGAAUUAGGUGAAAGUUUAGUGAUUCAGCUUUUUUGAUCAUGCAAACAAGGUGGUUUUCUGACAAGAAUCUUCAAUGUUUCAUAAGCCAUAACUUUUGUUUAAAGGGUCUAAAAAUCUCAAGAUUACAAUUGCAAUGUUGACCUUUAUUCAAGGUUGACCAUAAUAAUUCACAAGAAAGGAAAAUGGGGCUUUAUAGAUGAAUGAAUGACAAGUUUCAAUUGUUUUUCAAUGUAGCUUUAUGCAAAAGAAAACAUACUGUGACAAAGGUAUGAUUUUCAAUUUGUUAUUUUGGUAUGAAGUGUAUGUCGUCAUGGAUCAGACGUUUGUUCAAAAUAAAUCCCAAUGGAAGUGUGACAACAUUUGUUUUCGCGUAAACCAUUAGUCAUGUGGUUUCUGUUUACACAAUAUAUUGAUUGAAAUCAUUAUUCAACAAAUGGGGCAUACAAUAUUCCAGUAAUAAUGGGGGAAAAGUGAAAAAUACUUACAGGGCGAUAUAAUUAUUGUAUGAAGAAGAGUAAGUUUCACAAUUUCACUAAAUCAGAGUUAGGAAAUUGACUAUAUCAACCCCCUCAAUAUGAAGCAAAAUGUUAACUUUUGGGGUUGAGCACAUUUUAUAUUCUCAAAUGAUUUUUACAGCAGCAAUAUAAGAAAAUCAUUUCCAAGUGUAAUUUUACCACAAUGAAUAUAGUCAAAUGGUGGUGUGCAGAGAUCAAAUCUAAUGUGAUUAUAAGUGGAAAUUUGCCUAAUACCAAAUAAAUCUCAAAUCUAUUUGGUUUGGUUUCAGUAUUUUUCUAUUUCCCUUCUAGUAUUUUAAGAGCACUUGGAUAUGGGUAAAUGUAAAUAGUAAAUGUUGCCAUUAAACAAGGGUGGAACUAUAACUCAUGAACAGUAAAGCUUGUUGACAGAAGAUAACAUGGUGGAUCUAAUUUCUACAAUGAAUGGCAAGACCUUUGUUUGAACUUGUAAAUUUUCCAUUGAUCCUAUUCAGCGGCUUGCAUGGUUGAAAUUAGUGAGCCUAUUGAUAGCAAAACAAGGGUGGGGCAUCCAACUAUCAACAGUUCAGGCUAUGCAAAAACACUAUAUAUUUAAAGAAGCAGAAUUUCUCAGUCCCACAAACUAGUAGAUGCAGAGGCCAACAGAUUGCAUAAUGGGUAAUUCAAACGGUGGAGGAAAUUAACCAAUCCAGACAGAAAUAGUAUGUAAGAUAACAAGGUGCAAAGCUGGGUGAACACAGCAGGCCAAGCAGCAGGAAAGCUGACGUUGUGGGCCUAGACCAUUCUUCAGAAAAUGACCCUUUUCCAGCAUCUGCAGUUCCUACUAUCUCAGAAACAGUAUGUAAUUGGUUUCUGCACUUGAUAUUUGCUUGUUAUAAACUCAAACUAGGUCUGUGCUUUAGAACACUAUUAAGUGAUUCCUAACUAGUAAAUCUACAGGAAUAAAUUCAAAUUAGUGUGGAAUGAAGAUCUUCCAUGAUACUAUACAACAUCAUAACCUACCAGCUCUUGCCUGACUAUUGGAACCAAUAACUGAGACUUAAUUAGAGAUUCUAUUUACACUCUUACCAGCAGCAGUCCUAUUAUUUUUGUCCAAGUACAGCAAAAUACUUUGGUCUGAAUGUGAUGUGCAGUAGAAAUAACUGUUUCAAACUGUCCUCCUUUUAGAACAAUGCCUUGUGUUGUAUCGUUGUUCAGAGAAUUUUUAGCUUUUAUUGAAAACAUUGUUUUAAUUAUGGCACUACACGUGCAGUGUUAAUAUUCCCAUUUUAGCUGUACUGUAAGCCUAUGCAUGAUUACUGACUUCUGAUUUUUUUUGCUUAAGACAUUUUUCCAAAAUCAUUUAUAUUGACCUAAGCACUUUAAUAUUUGCUUCCCACGACCAAAUUACUUUGUCUUUUGUCUUUUCUCUUGCUAGCAUUUACGACCUUUAAAUGCUCAUAAAUUUAAGUCUGAGAAUUAUUUUUAGGUUCUCUUAAUCUCUGCCAGAAAACACAAUUUUGUCUCUGCUCAUCUCAUUCACAUCUUAUACACUUACGAUUUACAAAUUGAACAUGAGCAGCCCAGCCAUUUAAAGAUGCCACAUCUAUUGAAGCUAAUGAAAAAUAUUUCAGAGCUCAGUAUUUUUGAUGAUGUCAGCCUUGACCCAUUUCCUGCUUCUGCUGCCAUGAGCAGUAAAAUAGCAAAAUCUCCUACUUUUGUGAUUAUCUUAUUGAAAUCCAGCGAAUGUUAUUGCUAAAUAUUUACUUGAUAGCCACAUGCAUACUUAUUUAUUCAGUCAAUUGUUGUCAUGUGAGCAUUACUGACAUGGCUAACAUUUUUCACUCGUAUCUAGUUGUCCAAAUGAAGGUGGCAAUCGUUCUGAAUUGCUGCAGUGCAUGACUUGAAAGAGGGAGUUUCAGGAUUUUGGUCCGGUAAUGAAAGAGAAAUAAUGAUGUACUUCUCAGCCAGGGUGAUGUUUGGCUUGAUGGGGAACAUGUGGAGGAGAUGGUGUCCCUAUGCACCUAAAUUCCUUGCUCUUCUAAGUAGACGAGAUUGUGUGUUUGGAACCUACUGUCAAAGAAGCCGGGGUGAAUUGCUGCAGUGUAUCCUGUAGAUGGUAUACGUAACAACUACAUUGAGUCUGCGGUAGAGGGAAUGAACAUCUAAGCUGAUGCAUGAAUUGUCAGUUGUCCUGUGGUCAAGUGACCACAUGCCCAAGUUAAGUCAGCUGGAGAAAGCGGGCGACCUGACAGAAAAUUGGCCAAAUGAAAUUAAGCAAUAGCAGACACUUAUGCACUAGAGAGAACAGUGGAAAUCGAGGUCAAAGAGGUCACAAAGGUUUGGGGGAACCAGUUGCAGCCAGCUUGAGGGUUAUGUGUUGGAGAAGUUUCAAUGAGACUUUCCGAUAACUUCCAACCAGUGCCUGGCAACAUGCACUUUACACCUUACCAG